AUGCCCCGCAUUGACUUUCUGUCCGACCUGCUGCGCCCGCGUCGUCGCGCUGUCCAGGAGACUCGCGAGACGAAGCCGUUUACGCUGCGCUCGAAGAAGAGUAUCGUUAACCUCAUAUCUUCCUAUCCUGAGAUCGUGUUCCCCCGCGACAAACCUAACGCAGAAGAGUCUUGCUGCCCGAGGCCCACCCGAACGACUCGGAAUCGUAAGAGGCCACCACCGCUGAGAUGGAAGUUGUAUGAAGCCCCCUCACUAUAUUCGAUGGGAGACCCUAGUGAGGAAACUCUCGUUCCCGCAUCUCCCGGCCUCUCGCGAUCGCCCUCGAGCUCCACUUCGCAUGGAAACUCGUCCCCGAGCACCCCCAGUCCAUCAACAACCUCGCACUCGUUUCAUUCGCCCCCUCCAUCGCCUUUGCGCCUCACAGUGUCCUCGUACUUUCGCCGUGAAACCGAUCCACCUUUCGGGAAGACUUUGCCGCACGACGACGGCGAAAACUUGGACAACAGUUUGGUCACGCUGGAGGCAGGUUUGGUCUCCCUCAGACGACGACGGAGUCUCCUCGGCCUCGGGUUCGAAAGAAACUCUUUCGGAGCUUCUCGCCCAGUCUCACUAGCAUCGUCGGCCGAGUCGAGGAGUGUCUCUGCAUCGCUCGAUGCGUCGCGGCUGUCGUCUAUGCAUGGCAGUGGGGAAGUGGCAGUAGAGUCUGACCCAUUUGCGCGCGAUGGAUCUUCAUUCCUGGAGCCGCGCAAACCAGUCCCGGGUGAUGUCGAUGACGUUUCAGCGUAUAUGGGUUCUUCGCAGGACUUGAAGCGUCCGGAGUAUGAACACUGGGCUCGGGAUAUGCGCAGUCGAGCGGACACGGAUCAUCGGCCGACGUUGCCCAUGGAAAAGGAUGCUCCAAGUGCACCAUCCUUGCCGAGCGCGCAGAGGAAGGGGACACAAGGUCGGGUGCACGCGCGGACACGCGCUCGGACCGUGUCGGCGCCAUCGGCACCGCGACGAGCGCUGGUGCGCAAUGCGAAGUCUCUGCCGCCGAUACCCGACGAUACGUCUGAGUAUGAGCCCGGCGGUACAGCUGAAGCAUCGGAUUCGGCGGCGUCCGGCCAGAGGUCACCGGUCGGCACCCAAGUCGAGCGACGCGUUCAUGUACAGGGAGCACUUUCACGACAGAUAGAUGAGCUCAUGGCAUUGAUAGACGCCUAUUAA